AUGGCUCAAAAAUCGUCCAUUCUUUCAUUGUGGACAGUCGUCUUCUACAUCCUUUCACUCGCCAAUGCAUUUCCUCGGUCGCACUCGCGUUUCCCCGAGAAUAUCAAUGCCCCGACUUGCAAGAAUCCCGUCUCCCCCUUCGAUUAUUCCGCAAAACCAAAGCGCGAUGAACUUGCACCCAUCUGCCCCAAUUCCCCGGGUAUAGACCUUUUCUCGAGAGCGCUCGAGCCACGGGCUGAGGAUGACUACUCAUGCUCCCAGUCCAAGCCAUGCAAGAACGGGGCUUGCUGUCCAAAAGCUACCGGAUAUUGCAACUAUGGCGAGAAGUACUGUGGUACUAAUGGGCAAAGUCCCAACGAUGUCUGCUGGUCCAACUGCAAUGCCAAAGCAGAAUGCGGCAAGGAAUCAGACCCACCAGGCAAGAAAUGCCCGCUCAAUGUUUGCUGCUCAGCGUUUGGAUUCUGUGGGAUGACAAGCGAGUUUUGCAAGAAAGGGACCGACAAAGAGCCUGGAUGCCAGAGCAACUGUGAUCAACCUGGAUCAGGUGGCUCGGGUGGUGACGUCCAGAAGAAGGUCAUUGGCUACUACGAAGCCUGGGCUCAUGACAGAAAGUGCCAGGGCAUGGACUUCAGGAACAUUCCUACCGGCGCGCUAACACAUCUAUAUUUCUCAUUCGGUUAUAUUUCUCCUGGGGAAUUUGAUCUGGUUCCCAUGGACGACCUGAAGCCGGAUCUCUUCUCCGAAUUCACGAAUGUCAAGCGAAGCAACCCCGGCCUCAAAACUAUCAUUGCACUUGGUGGCUGGACCUUCAACGAUAAUGGUACUGCUACCCAACCUGUUUUCAGCAACAUGGUCAGUACCGCAGCCAACCGCGCCAAGUUCAUUAGGAAGCUGUUUGCCUUUAUGCGUCAAUAUGCUUUUGAUGGCGUAGACUUCGAUUGGGAAUAUCCUGGCGCUACAGAUCGAGGCGGUCAACCCGAGGACGGCAAAAACUUCGUCACUUUCUUAAAGGAGCUCGACGAUGCGAAUAAGCAGCAGCCCUUGCAUUAUGUUGUCUCUUUCACUGUACCAACAAGCUUUUGGUACCUUAGGCAUUUCGACCUGAAAGCUGUCGAUUAUGUCGAUUUCGUCAAUGUAAUGAGCUACGAUCUUCAUGGAAUCUGGGAUUCCACGAAUCCUAUUGGGAAUCACAUAUAUGGGCAUUCAAACUUAACGGAGAUCAAAUUGGCCCUUGAUCUCUUCUGGCGCAACAAAGUGAAACCUGAGAAGCUGAACCUUGGUUUGGGAUUCUAUGGUCGAAGCUUCCAGCUGUCCGACACUUCUUGUUACCAGCCCGGUUGUAAUUUCAAGGGUGGUGCGGCCCCUGGCCCUUGCUCUGCCAAUUCCGGAACCUUGACCUAUAAAGAAAUCCAGCAGAUCAUCAAGCAGCACAAGAUCAAACCAUACCACGACAAAGCAGCAGGAGUCAAAUAUAUCACCUGGAAUCAGGACCAGUGGGCCUCUUAUGAUGACCAGGACACCUUCAAGUCAAAGAUUGACUUUGCCAAUAAGUUAGGCCUCGGGGGUGUUCUCAUUUGGGCCAUCGAUCAAGACACAGAUGACUUGGAAGCGCUCAAUGCAGUGCUAUCUCCCAAAUCGAUCAAAGCCUUCGCAAUGACCGCUGAUGAUGCUUCUUUUUGGGACGAUGCUACCGUCCCCGAUUGUUAUGUCACUGAUUGUGGGGGUACAUGUAAAGCUGGCUUCUUCAAGAUAGAGCAACAGCCCUGCGGUGGUGCAAAACCAGUCACUCGACACUCGAAAGAGAAAGACAGUCAGCUCUGUUGCCCUACCGCGAGUGCACCAGAUCCCAAGAAAUGUAGCUGGCGCGGCGGAGCCCCAUCCUGCAACGGCCAUUGCCAUGAUAACGAGGUACUUUUGGAAAUGAACAGAUGGGGCGACGGCAAAUAUUGCGAAGAUGGCAACAAAGCAUAUUGCUGUGAGUCGCCAUCAGCCAAGGGACACGAUUGUUACUGGGCUGGUGUUGGCAGGACCUGCAAUAAUGACGACACGACCAUGACCUUCUCCGGCACGUUCCUGAGCACAGUUGCGGAUAUUGCAGACGCGGUUUCGCUAAUCGACACACCCUUGGUGAAGUUCCUUGAUGCACUCGACAUUGACAUGCAAAAACGAUAUUGUUGCCCGAAAAAGGAUGCUAAGAACUGGGCUAACUGCCGAUGGUACGGCCAGCCUGGCUCGUGUUUCGACAAUCAUUGUCCUGUCAACAAACAAGUCCAGCUCACCGACAGUCCUUAUGGAUUUGGUGAAUCGUGUUUUCCCCGUAUGGAAAGAACAAGGGUCUAUUGCUGCGAUCCUACAGAUGGCAAACCGUUGUUUCUUCCGGUACCAUUGGACCGACUCUUCAAAGACCCCCCUACAGGCGACAACGUCGAUACUGACUUUACACUCGAAGUGGACGACACAUUUGGAGGCCAAGGUGACAAGACUGAUGACGACCCUAGUAAUGCUGCAUUCCAGUUCGUUGUUCUCGCAUCCCCACAGGAGCUCCAACACUCGCUCGACAAACGUGAUGGCUCUCACUGGGAGCUCUACAACUGUAAAGGCGGCACUAGUGAGGAAGAGCAAACUAUCCAGAUGUUCUGCACGGACAUUUCGGAAGGGAGUAAUUGCCACAAGAUAGGUCUUGGGCACGGCGUACCCGGUACCAUUCUCGAGCUGCCUGCUGGAUGUGGAGCGGGUCGUUAUGCGGUCGCCAAGUCCAUGGCGCCUGCGAAGGAGCAGACCAUUCCUCACAGACUUCUCAAGCGAGUGAUGCACGGCUAUAAACCGACUGUCUACGACCUUACAUUUGAUUAUGAUUUCAGGCGCGUUCCCCGUGACGUCGGCGAGACGCACAUGCGUAUCGACUUCUCUAACAAGGACGACUAUUGGGACAACGUCGUUUCUGCUGCUGCAAGCAAGAAGCGCAAAGGUAAGCGCUCCCUUGCUGACGUAGGGGGAAAUCACAAAAGGUGGCUCGAGGAGGAAUGGCGAGACGACUUCCAUAGAGGUGCUCUUAGUCACGAAGACCUCCACAAGCGAUGGUUUGGCUCGGACGCUCUCGCAUGGUUGAUAAACCUGGUCAAGCCCGAGAUCAAGAAAGAGUUCACGCACAACUACAAAGAUCAAUUCAUCGCGAAAAUUAUUGAUGAUCAGGUUACUUGCGGAUCGGGAAAUUCCAAAUUCGACGCACAUAUCCUCGUCCAGGCUUUGACAGACGUCAGCAUCUCAACGAGCUUUGGCUUCACGCUUAUCACAAAACUCAACUUCAACAGCCCGGGAAGCCCACUAGAUCUGAGCCAGUCAUAUCUAACUUUUAGCAACGAAGGGAAAGUUACCGCGACUUUCACACUUGAAGCUCUCAUUCGAGUGUCCUACAGAUCUGGAGAGAAGGACAUCGUUACGCUACCAUUCCCUGGGGCAACGUUUCGAAUACCUGGCAUCGUGACCAUCGGUCCGUCCAUUAGGGUCGUCGGUGAGUUCAACGCUGAACUUACACUUUCUGCAGAGGUCGAAACAAAGGUCGACCUUGCCUCUUGGGAGGUUCGGCAGACUUAUCCCGCUGCCUCACGGGAAUACGAACCCAAAUCUGUGGACGAAUUGGACUCAGGGGAUUCGGGAAAUCAAAACGGCCUGCUACAGCCGCACUUCUAUGCCGCCGUGUUAGCUACGGGUAAGGUCGAAGCUCAUCUCAAGGCGAUUGCGGAGUUCGGUAUCCGCUUUGACGAAAAGUGGAAAGUUGGAGCUGCUGCUGCAGGUGUUGUCGCCGACGGAUAUGUACGCUUCGAGGCCGGGGUUGGCGUGAGCACGGAAGCGAACUGCCCAUGGACAUAUGGACUCUAUCUGGGUGCCAAAUUGUACGCACAAGUCGACACUCCUUCACAGUUUGGCUGGGGAAAAAAGACUUGGGAUCUUCCAGGUUCUGGCGAGGUUCCCCUCAUUCCAGGCGGUAAAUGUCCUGAUCUUAGACCGGGUGCGCCUUCCAAACGAGGAUUGCUGUCGAUUGGUGAUCGUCGCAAUGAUCUCAAUAGUUCCUCUUACCGAAUUGUCGAGCCUAAUUCACUCGGAUCACAUAGGCUUAGCAAGCGUGUUACGCCCUGGGGCCCACCUUUUCAUAUUCCGCUCCAAAAACUGCUUUGUCCAAAUCCGGAAAUAAGCGGUGGUUUAGAGGGAUCUGCGUGCGAGAAACUCUCACAUGUUCCGGGUUCGAGCAAUAGGGAUCUAUCAAAACGUGCGGCUAGCGAUGUUACGAGUUAUCACCACCUUGAUAAACGCGCGAAGAAAACUCAGAGAUUCUGUAGGGGCAACGCCGUCAUAACCAUCGUAAGCUCAGAUUAUGAGGAAUCAGGUACUCUGCACGACAAACUUCCAAACGCAUUGACGUAUAGGUAUACGAAUCCCGCUCGAUGCACAGACUUCGGCUUCGCCGGGCAAAACACCGGAAAGCCCGCCAAUACGAAGGACUAUGCGACCGAACACAUCCUUGAAUUCCAGAUGAUACAAGAGUUCUUCAAUGAUCUCCCUAGCACUAUAGACUGUUACAAUCCUCCAAAGUUGGGGGAAGAUACUUGCAAGUGCCUCAAGAAUUUCUGGUACCAACUGAAACCCAAUGAGAAGCCCACAAUUAAUGGCCUCACAAAGGAUCCUAUUGAUCAUGUAGGCGCUGUAUUCCCUGGCUGGAACAAUCAAUGGUCUUAUGAGCUGGUGCUUCUCGAUAAAGAAGUCAACGGGCUCAAAGAAGGCUUCUGGGGUAGUGAUCCGGCUCGCAAUGAAUACACUCUACAACAAUAUGCGGGUUACGGGGACGCACUCUUCAAAAAUGUGAAGGAUACUAUCACCGCUAUACGAUACCACAUAGACCCAACCAUCCGCGGAUAUCUUAUCGCCCAAAAGGUCCGGGUUGGCGAUAUGCUUAACCGUCUAGAAACGCAAGAGCUCACCGCAAUAACGAAGAACAUUGAUGGCGUGCAACGCACGUGGGCAUCGCUCGGCCUGCAAGCUAGAUGGCAUACAUUUAUGCGGACGAGAGCGAAUACGGCAAUCAUCGACUCACAGCAACAUGUCAACGACUAUCUUGCGAUGUUGGAGGAGGGAUACGCAACACCCUUCCUUCGAGACGUGGCGAACAAUGCAGGAAAUUCAGAAGAUGCACAGGCAAGAAGGGAUUUCAUAGCAAAGAUUGACGCUUUAAGAGCUGAGUGGACAAACAACAGGCCUGUCUGGACAAAUCCCUUCUAA